AUGUCUGACCUGGAACAUAUUCCUCCCCGGUUCCAUUCGUUUCAUUCUGUGGUUCUCUCUGUAAGCUUUUGCAUCAGGCCAUCCUUCUCUGCGUCGUGUGAAGACCACCUUUGGCCCGCCAUGGAGCUCAACUCCACCACAAUCCACGAUGCCAUCCACCCGACCGCCGCCUUUGCCCAGAACCGGUCAGCACUCGAGCUUGCUUUGCCCACCGGCAAUGACACUGGACAAGCCUCUUGGCUCGAAUCCCAGCUGAACCCCAAGAACCGGGUUGACAGCCUUGACCCCCUUCCCAACCCACUCUGGAGGAUCGACGGCUGUACCGCCAUAGGCACGCAGUACUAUGCCCUACCCUUGCACGUGGGCGAGGUCCCACCCAUGCGCCUCGAUGUGUUCCUCCCCAUGGAAACCACACGGAACCCUGUCCUUCGGGACGUCCUAGACCUGGAUGCCGCCUUCCACACCAAAGACUCGACGAGACUGAACCGUCUCGGGGUCACCAGGCACAUUCUCAGAGCUUUGCAGAAGUGGUCAUUGGAGGGUGAAGGGACAGCAGAACACAUUGCUGCCUUGUACAAGGACCAGCCUUUUGGUACACGCAUCAUUCUCGAACUUGGCUUCAGUCUUGAGAGCGUCAAGAUCACCGUCGCCACAACCUGGCACGUGGAGAAGCAGCUCAUCAGGCCAAAGGCGCUGGUUGAGACUUUGGGACUGCCCAAGGAGGUCAUUCCGGAAACCAUCGACAUUUCGAACCUGAGCAUUGUCCAGCAGCUGCACGACAGUGUCUGCCUGGUGCGCAUUCAUCAUGAUGACCCAGAAGAUGGCCAGAAGCUGUGGAUCUUCAAGGCCCUCACCAGCAACACAAAGUAUCUGGUUUGCGAGCUGCGCAACCUUUUGCUCAUGGAGCCUCAUCCGCAUGUUGUUUCGAAGCCAAAGUACCUAGUCACCAAGUACUGCCGCUUUGGGGGAAAGACGGCCGUGGUGGGUUUCAUCAUUCCGUUUUACGCGGCCGGCAGCCUCCGGGACACGAUUCCUCUGCUUCACAUCCAUGGGCUUCUCAAGCCGGAGAUGCAAAUAAUGUGGGCUAGGCAGCUUGCCUCUGCCGUCUUGCACGUCCGCGAACGUGGCGGGAUUUACUAUCCCGACCUCCGGCUUGAUAAUGUUGUUCUCACGGCCGGGGGGGACUUGGUCAUGGUGGACUUUGAGCAGCGGGGUGUGUGGUGCGAGUUUGCUGCGCCUGAGGUGAACGCGAUUGCUUAUGUGCAUACGUUGGCUGUGGACGAGGGAGCGGAGGAGGAAGGGUUAGAGCAAGAGCAUGGGGACGACAGCAGGCUUCUGUACAACCAGUUUAUUCCUGGUGAGGAGAGGCCCAACCGGUGGGCCGAGCUUCUCAGCCGGAUCCUCCCCGGCUGGCAGGUUUUGGAGCAGGAUGAAAUGUACACACCGCUUCCCCAUGGGUAUAAGAGCUAUAAUAUCCCCUGGCUGGCGCUUGAUGAGGCGGAACAGGAGGCGGCUGAGGCGUACAUGCUCGGGCGCGUCUUGUGGUGUAUUUUUGAGGGGCAGUGUGCACCACAGCACGCUGCCGUUUGGCAGUCUUACAAGCGAGAGCCCGACUAUGAGUUUCCUGAAUAUCGGCACACUCCCCUUCCGAUUAGGGAUCUCAUUGAUGGGUGCACCAAGGGCAGGAGGGAGACUUUGUCGAAGCUUGUCACUCGGGUGGGAAGCAAGAUGGUGCUUCGUCGGAAGGAUGGUCUGGUGGAUGUGAAUUGCACACCGCUCGAGGUGCUUGAUGCGGCGAGGGAUUGGUGGAGGGUGGAAGUGGAGGUGGCGGAAAGGUUUUUGACCAUGCGGGAGGAGUUGAAGGGGAGGGGGGAGUGGAAGGGGAACUGGUAUGGGAGGCUGAGGUUGAGGGAGGUUGUGCAGAGGUUGGAGGAGUAUGAGAGGGAGGUUGGGGUGAAGGAGGUUGAUAGGGAGGUUUUGGCGGAGUUGUUGAAGAGGUGUAAGUGA